CUAGCUUUAAUUUUAUUAUCUGGAAUUAGCAACUCAUAAAACGCUACAUCACACGUUCUGCCUGCUUCAAACCCGUAAGAGUAUUUUGGGCUUUUUUUUUUUUUUCAUUAAAAAAAUUUUAGGUCGGCAAAGUAAUGGCAUCUUCGUACUUGAAGAAUAAAACCACAGUUUAGAUCAGAUGCCAUAUUUCUGUCUAAUUACUUGCUAUCGUGUUUGUUUCCUUCUCAGGGUCCCCCUGAGAAAUGUGCUGAGUGAUUCUUUCAUUGUACCUAGCUUAGGUGCUGAAAGGCUAGUUUCUUGGUGAUGUUGCUAUAUACACAUCUCUAUAUAUGCAUUACAUAUGUCUCGAUACAUAUAUUAACAUAUGUAUACAUAAAUAUAUAGAUGCUGUAUUUUUAAUUUCUUCAUCAUUCUCUAAGCAAACAAACGAACACUCUUAAAGUGUCCACCAGGAGGCGCCCAGGGCAGCGAAAGACCUGCGGUACCUUGGCAAGGGAGGUGGAGAUGGAUGCAGCGGUGAUGGAACUCGGCUGCCUUUUUUUAAGAAUCAGUGCGGUGUGAGCAAAGGGAGCAGAGCCGCGUUAUUUUAGGGAGGCUUUAUCGCACUCCCCUCUCGCGAGUAGGUAGCCCCUGGGACAUGUACGCCCUGCUCGCGGACCCCAUGGAGAGACGCUGGCGGUGGCAGCUGGAGCUCCUUUCACUGCUGCAGCCGGCAGAAACCCGACCCCGCCGGCGCCAGGACUGAAGAGACCCUGAGGACAGCGCUGUGCGGUGAACAAAAGCCCUCGGCGACGGGGGCUCGAGCCCGACCUGGGGUAAGUAGACCCGCCUAGGGACCUAAUAGCGGCGGGCACUGAACGGUCAGGCUCGCAGCGCCCUAGGAGCCCAGCCGGCUGUGAUGUUGUGUGGGAACUGAUGGGCAUCUGGGGGCCGGCAUCCUAGCCUAUUCUGGGGUUGAUAGAACAUUUAGCUGCAUCUUCAGCCUUGGAGGAGAUCGAGUGCAUGGGGUAGGAUCCAGGUGCACAAUUCCCCCCCCCCGUGGGGGGUGGAGGAGGCUGGCAGAGCUCCCAGCAAGCCCUGCUGGAGAGGCAGGAGAAAGAAGGAUCCAUCACCCUUUGCAAAAGAACCUUUGGGGACUUCUCUCAGUCCUUCCAAUCACCCGGGGCCCCGCGCCCGGGGUCCCUUUGGCAGCGAGAAAUCAACCAUAAACUUCUUCCUAGGCCACUGGAGUCCUCACACCAAUGAACUCCGGGAUGAACAGGCCGGUUCCCUUUUUUGUUUCUGCAAAUCUGCAUCCCCAGCAGCCCGCCUAAACCACAAACAAAUACGCUAAUCCUCCCGGAAUCCUCCAGCGCCUCCCUCUCUGGUGGCUGCCUUGCGCCUCGGUCUUUCCAUUUUAGCUUGCAGCAGGAGGGGAUGCAUCUAACCCGGCUGACGCCAGAGUAGUCUCUCCCCAGGCCUCGCAUUCCAAUAUUGAGGGAGACUGAAGCUGCUCUCUGGGCCCCAACAUCCCCCCAACUCCACCCGCCUCCCAGCCUGGGUUUUCCAGGGCAUGGGUUUUAGGAUUUACUUUCCACCACGCCUCUGAGCCUUAAUCUGAAAUCCAAUUGAGUUGAUAGAGGUGAAUGUGGUUGAGGAGGGAGAAACAGCUCUCAAAUGUAUUCCUCUAAGUCCUUCCUUGUCACCACAGAGACUCCAACAAAGGACGAGGCUCAGCUAUGGUGGACCCGGUGCCAGAAGAGGAGGAGGGAGCGGAACCCGGUGGCUCGGAAGGGGAUGGGGCCACAGCGUCCGUGCCCCCGGAUGCCCAGGGAGCCCAGCAGCCUGCGGCUUCCUCGGCCUCCGCCGCCGCGCCGCUGCCCCGGAAGGCCGAAGUCCCGUGCGGAGCAGAAGGCGGGCAGCGGGAGCAGUCUCCGCUGCUGCACCUCGACCUCUUCAACUUCGACUGUCCCGAGGCCGAGGGCAGCCGCUACGUGCUGACCAGUCCUCGCUCGCUGGAGGCCUGCGCCCGCUGUGCCGUCAAGCCGGUGGAGCUGCUGCCCCGCGCGUUGGCCGACCUAGUGCGCGAGGCCCCGGGCCGCUCCAUGCGAGUGGCCACCGGCCUGUACGAGGCUUACGAGGCUGAGCGGCGAGCCAAACUGCAGCAGUGCCGUGCCGAGCGAGAGCGCAUCGUGCGCGAGGAGAAGCGGCGCCUCUUCACGCCCUUGGGCCCCGCAGCAGCCCCGGCCUCCGCCUCGGCCCUGAGCGCAGGCAGCAGCAGCAGCAGCAGCUGCAGCAGCAGCCUCCCGGCCUCGCCCGCACCGCGUGUGGCCCGAAGGACCUCUCCCAGUCCGCCCUCCGCCAGGACCCGGCCUCCACCCGCGGGCUCCCGGACCGGGAGGAAGAGUCAGUCGCUGGACUCACUGUCCCGCCGGCGUGACGGUACCCUCAGCUCCGAGUCGGGCGCAUCGUCGUCGUCCUAUAGCGGGGAGAGCCUUCGGGAACUUCGCUGGCCACCUCGAGGCCCCGCCAGGAACAGCUGCCCAGCGGGCUCAGCUUCCUCUGCGCCCAACCCACUGGGCCGCCCUUCUGCCCUUGACCUGGUUCCACUCACAAGCCGCAGCUUCAGUCUCGGCGACCUGAGCCACUCGCCGCAGACCGCUCAGCACGUGGAGCGCAUAGUGCGCCAAGUGAGGGCCGAGCGCGGCCUGCGCGGGGUUCCGGAGCGCGACCGCAAGAUAGCGGCGCUCAUGCUGGCGCGUCACCAGGAGGAGCGACUGUUGCUGGAGCAGCGCGCCGCGGCCCACGGCCAGUGGGAGCAGCAGCGUGUGCGCGCCGAGCAGCGGCGGGAGCGCGAAGAGCGCGAGAAGCAGCGCGCCCUGGAGCGGGGCCGGCGCGCCUGGGCGGCGCAGGUGGAGGAACGGCGCGGCCGGCGGGGCCGGGAGGAGCGCGAGGCGGCGCGGAGGCAGCAGCAGCAGUGCGAGCGCAGCGAAGAGCGACGGCGGGAGCUGGCGGAGCGCCAGGGUCUGCUGCGGCGGGAGAGGGCGGAACGCGUGGCGCGGGACGACCGGCUGCGCAAACUGCAGCAGGAGCAGAACCUGAAGCAGCGGGAGGAGGGUCUGCAGGAAGGGCGGGAGCGUGCGGAGCAGGUCCGUAGGGAGCGCGCUCAGCGGGCGGCCUGCGCCAAGCAGCGCCAUGAGGGCCAGCUGCAGCGCGAGAAGCGGGAGAUGAGCCGGGCGGAGCGUGCGCGCCACGAGGCGCUGCUUCGAGGCCGGGUCCGGCAGCAGCAUGAGGAGCGAGAGGGCCUGCGGAGCUCCUUGGAGGCCAGCUUGGGGCGCGCGCAGGAGAACUACGGGCAGCUGAUGGAGCAGCGUGCCCGGGAGCUACGGGAGCGGGCCCGGCGGGAGGAACUGCAGGGUCGGCGAGCCAAGGAGGCGGCCGAGCGCAAAGAGCGGGAGCAUCAGGCACAUUUGGAGGCGCUGGCGCGGGCUGGGGAGCGACGGCUGCAGCACGCGGCGCAGGUGGCGGAAGAGGCGGUGCAGCAGAAGGCCCGGCGCGUGGUCCAGACCCGACUGGAGAAGGAGAGGGCCCAACGCGCGAACAAGGAGAAGGUGGAGAGGGACGAAGACUGCCGCCGCCGGGAGCUGCUCCAGGCCAUUGGGCGCAAGCUGGAGCGCAGCGAGCAGCUGUUUCGAGAAAGGCGAAGCGCUUUGGAGAGCGCUCGCUCCACGGCCCGGGCCUCCUUCCACGUGCGGGAGAAGGUUCGGGAAGAGACCAACAGGCGCUCCUUCGACCGCAUGGUGCGAGAGGCCCAGCUACAAGCCAGCCUGGAUCGCAAAUGACAGCCGCCUUGUGCCGGCCAGACUGCACCAUUUAGUCCGGUGGGGCCUCCCUCAGCCACUUUGACCAUACCCUGGGAGGCUUCACUCCAGGCCCCGCCCCACCACCAAGUCUCUAGACUUCUAAACCAGGAGACAGUGAGAGGCUGGACACUCGGGACUUUUAAAUCUUCCACCUUCGUUUUUACAAACUUACUUUAUUUGGAGAUGACUUGGCAGUCUCCCCACAUUCACCUUUGCCAAACCCCAAUAUGUGUUUUUCUAUUCCAGUAGAAAGCACCUGGGGUGAGAGAGGAUUCCCUUAGGAGAGAGCACAGAGGUGAAUGUCAGGGCCCCUCUGCAACAGCUGCCUCAAGCAUCUUUCUGAGAUUUGUGUCCAAGACAACUUUCAGUUGCAGCAGCUGAGGGGCAUCUCCCUGGCUCACCUCCGUCUUUCAAAUAUAAGUUGCACAAAACUUGUCUCCUCAGAAAGCACAGCUCUUUGAAGAUGUUAGUCCAUGCACAGUGAUCAAAAAAGCUAUUGGUCUUGAAUGCUGGACCAUUAAUUGGACACCUGAGCAAAUUCUCUUGUUAAUUCCCAUAGUUUUUCAGUUGAGUCCCCUAGGUUUUCUAGUUAGACAAUCACCUGCAGAUAAUAAUCAAUUUGUCUCCCUUUUCCUUUCUUAUUCUCCCAUGUGACGCAGGAAAUGGGUUGGAUUGGUGAUGCUGCUUAGCUUUAAUGGAAGCCUUCAGCUCUCUCCCUCCCUGAAGAUGGUGGUUUCCUUCGGCAACAGUGUUCCACCCAGUGAAGCUUCUAUGGAAAUCGAUUUACUUCAGUGGAAGAAGUGUCUAAUGCCACUUCCCAGUGUGGGAUCUGCUCCUGCAGACAGCAGCCAUGCCUUAAGAAGCAGAGCUACCUUACGUGCCUGCCCAGGCUAUGCCUGCCUGAAGCUCUAGCUCUGAAUGCAGUCUCGAGGUGGGCCCCGGAGAGUCUGCUGUGUGGGACUCCCUCUGUGUAGGAGUCAGUUCUGUGUGCUAAGGACAAUUGAGAAUCCUUGGCCGCUUGCCUGUGGUGACUGAAGGACCAGAAUUGCCCCUGCGUUGAAUUGUGCUGGUGUUGGUAGGGUUAUCUCUCUUCCUGCCCUAGGAAAGAGUCUUCCUUUUAAAUUCCUGGUACCCUCUCAUCUAUACCUGAAGUAUUUGAUGGGGGUCUCUUGGUGCCUCACCUUUCCCAUCUGACAGAUGGGGCCAUUAGAACUCUUCUGGUACCUCAAGAUCUCCUGGAUCCAAAGCACCACUUCAGUGUUAUUUGUUGGUCUCCUUUGUGCCUUUCUUGACCUGGAGUUGGGAGGCAAGAGGAUUGCUGUUAGACUCGUUUGUUUCUGGGAAUAUGGGUUCCUGGUAGUAGAUGGGGCAGUGCAGCACAGGCAGGUGGUCAUUUAGCCUCUGGGGGAAAAUACUUGCAAUACCUGACCACUCCCUGGUCUAAAGGUUGUUACCACUAGGCAAUUUUAACCCUUAGAGUGUUCCUUCUAUGAAGCUGAAAUUGACCCCACUUAUAUCCACCCAUCACUCUGCCUUCACUAAGGAAGAUGGAAGAAAAUCAUCCUUUUUUUAUAUUAAAUCAAGGUCAGGAAGUAAACUAAAAAUACCAAAAAAAGAAAGAAAGAGAGAGAAAGAAAAGGAAUCAGGGUAGAGAACUACUACAUUAGAAUGUCUGGUAUAUUUUCUGCUGGGCAUAAUUGUCUCUAAAGUGACUGGUUACUACACACACACACACACGCGCGUGCCCACAUACCUUGUCACCCCAUCCUAUUACAUGCUAAGGAGAGUCUUGUAUUGAAGGAAGCUGUGUUUAGGUGUUACAUGUGAGAUACUGUGAAACCAGGAAAGGAGCUUUGAACCAAGGCUUAUUUCUUGAAUGGUUGACUAUUUCCUUCUUGUCAGUGAGCUGUAAUAAUUGGUGUUGUCUAUGAGUCAGGAGCAUUUAACUAAAAUGUUAAUGUGAUUCGAGUUCUUUGAUCUUGUGGUUCCUGAGUUGCUUCUGAACCCUUCCCAGGAAGCUCUACCCUAAAACUACUUCUUUCAAAGUAUGGGCAUUAUUAUGAGGAAGCAAUCUGGUUUUCUGGACAAAGCAGUGGAAGGCACAGGUGAUCUUACCUGGCCUUUUACCCAGUUUGUUUUUCACCUUACUGAGUGACUUUGGGUAGAUCAUCUUUCGGUACCUUAGUUCCCACACCUGUAGAUCAGGGAUUAUGGUUCCUAUCUUUCACUGUAUGCAAACACUGAGGGUAAAUUAGAAUCCAAGGCACUCUUCCAGUUCUAGCAGUCUGGAAUGCAGGUGCAGUCACUAUAAACGUGUGUGUGUGUGUGUGUGUGUGUGUGUGUGUGUCAUAACUGCUAUGGCUGGAGAGUGUAAUAUACUUUAUGACUUGGUGCAGAAAGAAUGGUCUUGAAAAGGAAACUACAAAUUGUAGUGUCACAUGCAAUGCAAAGGCCCAGGCCUGAAUGGCACCAAAGUAGAGGUUUGCACUGAGAGAACCACUGUGUAAAAACAAAAAUGUAGAUUUUUACCAAAAAAGUCCCAUAUAGCCAAGUAUAAUUACAACAAAUCCAGAAUUCAAACUUCAUGACAGUAAGAAAUGGUUCCUUCAAAUUCCAGACCAUAUGAGGGGUGGCUCAUAUCCUAGCACUCAGCUGCCAUAGGAGGAUAAUGAAUUCAAGGCCAGCCUGGGCUACUUAGUGAAACACUGCCCUAAAACAACAACACAGUAAGGAAGAAAGACCUGUAUAUUCUAAGGAUAUGCCCAUGUUUCUCUCUGAAGAAGAUUAAUGUCCAGAAUCCUUGAACCCUUAAUUUAUAUUCUUUUUAAAAAAAUGUUUCCAGAGAGAAUAGUUUUAUACUUCUUUGAAAUGCAACAAGAGGACAUUGGAGGGGAGCAGGGAUGAUGUGUGCAGAAUUAUCCCUGAACAGCAUUGUAACAAAUGCCCCAGGAAUGGGGGACUUAGAAGUCCCUUUAAUUUGGUUGAUUACCAAGGAAACAAAUGAGCCUAACCCAUUUCAGAGGAAAUCAUCCCUGAAGCUAGUCCAAUGUCCUUCUGAGGCACGGACCAGUGUCUGUACCCCAUCUGGACAGGAAAAAGGAAAUGUCCCUUUGGAAGCAUAUAGACUGGGUUCAAUGGGGAUGGUAAUCAGACUUUGCUAAAGGCAAAAAGUCUGUAGGGUAGUGGAGAUAGAAGAAUGUCUCAGUUCAUUUUGUAUUGCUCUAACAAAACCCCUGCCUAAUUUAUAAAUAAAAGAGAUUUGUUUGGCUCACAAUUCUGGAGGUCCAAGGAGCAUGGUACCAGCAUCUGUUUGCCUUCUAAUGCAGACCUCGGGAUGACAUCACAUCUCAGGGGCACGUGGAGAGGGUGUCAUAAGAUAGGAAGCAAGAGAUUGAGAAAAGGCCCAGACACACUUGCAUAUUAACACGCGCUGGCAGGAAUGCAUCCGUUCCCACCAGAUCCAACUCAUCCUGCAAUACCAGCAUUAGUCCAUCCAUGAGGGUAGAAUCUACAGUGUUAACUACUUUCUAUUAGACCCCACCUCUUAGAAGUCCCACCACCUCAACACUGUCAUCCUGGGAAUCAAGUCUCUAGCACAUGAAUUGUUGAGCAAUAAACCAUACCCAAGGUAUACCAUGUAAAAUGCAGUCUGUAUUCAAGCCAUUAUGCAGUCUCUGUCACUU